GGUCCUGGCAGAUCGCAGGCCGGAUUUUCGCAGAAAAAAAGGGAGACCCCUGGAUUUCAGAUAACUGGGAGGCUGAACCAGUGGAGGAGACACUAGCCAGCCAAGUGGCCAGUCUACUAAAGAGAUCGAAAUCUCAUCAGUUCUAUGGACUAAUGGGAAAACGCUCUGAAUUCAUCCAGCCUGUGAAAAUGGAACGAAGAAGGCAUAAGGGAGACAUGUUUGUGGGACUAAUGGGCAAGAGAUCUUCAGGAGGUGAUUUCAGAAAAACAAUCCCAGAGACCAGCACAGCGAUGGACAAAUCUGGAGAUCUGAACAAACAAGCAGGUACAACACUGAAAGUAGAACUGUAUUUAUGCAAAAAUGAUGAAAAACCAGCAGUUUAUGAAUGUGAAAUCAUGUUGUUGUUCACACAGCAGAUUUGCAAGAGGAAUGGGACAGACUGCAGUACUACUGAUGACAUUAUCCAGUGCUCCGUGAAUCAAUACACAAAUAUUCUCCACUCUUAGCUGGCACCAACAUAAUUCAUGAGACCAUCAUUUGGGAGCAUUAAGCAAGUAAAUGUCUUGCUUCAGGUAUCAAAUGUGAUGUAAUAAAAGUAUGUAUCAAACAUGA